UGGUCCAAGGAUUACUUCUAUUCUGCUUGCUUACAGACGAAGCAAAGCUUGCAUUUCGAAUCGGUAUACAAUUUGGGGAAAAAAAUCAUCUUUUGAUUAUUCCUAUUAAAAUUAGAUCGUUGAUGAAUUGAUUUUGCCAGCUUGACUCUUCUUAGAGGAUGAAAGCAUAGAAAGCCGAGAUCUUGGUCUACUUAACUGCGGGGCGCUUUAGAUUGGAGCAAAGCUGGCGGCGGCACUUGCUUUGAGGUAUACCGGCAGCAAUGGUGGCGGCCAUGGAGCUGCCGAUAUGGAAAGAAACGUGGAUUCUAAGGUUCAAGAUCUGGAGUCCCCAACUCCAUGCUCAGUCAUGAAGAUGGGCCCCAAGGACCGCGGUGGUAUGGAGGAUCCAGAUGGGACACUAUCAAGUGUUGCCCAAUGUAUUGAACAAUUGCGUCGGAGUACUUCAACAACUGAAGAGAAAGAAAACUGUCUGAAACAGUUGUUAGACAUUAUUGAAACUCGAGAAAAUGCUUUGGGAGCUGUUGGAUCUCAUUCCCAAGCAGUUUCAAUGCUUGUUUCUCUUCUCAGGUCAGGGUCAUUUGGAGUGAAGAUACAGGCUGCCACUGUGUUAGGCACUCUGUGUAAGGAAGAUGAGCUAAGGGUAAAAGUACUUCUUGGUGGUUGUGUCCCUCCGCUGCUUGUCCUCCUUAAGUCCAGCUCAGUGGAAGGCCAUAUUGCAGCUGCAAAAGCCAUUUAUGCUGUUUCUCAAGGUGACACAAGGGAUCAUGUUGGUUCAAAAAUUUUCUCAACAGAAGGAGUUGUUCCAGUUCUAUGGGAGCAGAUAGAAAGCAGGGUCAAGAAUGGAAGCAUGGUGGAUGAUCUGCUUACUGGAGCAUUAAGAAAUUUAUCCAGUAGUACGGAGGGGUUUUGGUCCGUGACAAUAGGAUCUGGGGGAGUUGAUAUACUUCUAAAUUUGCUUGCAACCGGACAAUCGACUAUCUUAGCAAACGUUUGCCAUCUUCUAGCAUGUAUGAUGAUGGAAGAUGCAUCUGUCUGUUCUAAGGUUUUGGCUGCAGAAGCUACCAGCCAACUCCUCAAGUUACUGGGACCUGGUAAUGAAGUUUCCAUCAGAGCGGAAGCUGCAAAUGCUUUGAAGGCUCUAUCUGAGCAGUGGAAGGAAGCCAGACGUAAGAUAGCUACUUCUAAUGGGAUCCCUGUUUUAAUAAAUGCUACUAUAGCUCCAUCAAAAGAGUAUAUGCAGGGGAAGUGUGCCCAGGCAUUGCAGGAAAAUGCAAUGUGUGCCUUGGCAAAUAUCUCGGGUGGAUUGUCCUAUGUUAUUUCUAGCCUUGGUGAAAGUCUCGAGUCAUGCAUCUCACCUGUGCAAAUUGCUGACACUCUGGGCGCUUUAGCUUCAGCCCUUAUGAUAUAUGAUGUGAAUGCUGAAUCUACUAGUCCAUCAGACUCUUCGGUUAUUGAGAAUAUUUUGGUGAAGCAGUUUAACCCGAAGUUUCCAUUUCUUGUACAGGAGCGUACGAUAGAAGCACUGGCUAGCUUGUAUGGGAAUGCAAUUCUCUCAAGGACACUAAUCAAUUCUGAUGCAAAACGCUUGCUUGUUAGUUUGAUCACCAUGGCAAGCAAUGAGGUGCAAGAUGAGCUUAUAAAAUCUCUACUUACACUUUGCACUCAAGAAGGCACUCUAUGGCAUGCAAUGCAAGGCCGUGAGGGGGUUCAACUGUUGAUUUCUCUUCUUGGCCUAUCAUCUGAGCAACAGCAGGAAUGUGCAGUUGCUUUGCUUUGUCUAUUAUCUAAAGAAAUUGAUGAAAGCAAAUGGGCCAUAACUGCUGCUGGAGGUAUACCUCCUUUAGUACAAAUUCUUGAAACAGGAUCUUUUAAAGCAAAAGAAGAUUCUGCAACUAUCCUUGGAAACCUCUGUAACCACAGCGAAGACAUACGAGCAUGUGUUGAAAGUGCUGAUGCUGUUCCUGCUUUAUUAUGGCUGCUGAAAAAUGGAAGUGAGAAUGGGAAGGGGAUUGCAGCAACAACAUUAAACCAUCUCAUCCGCAAGUCUGAUGCAGGAACUAUAAGCCAGCUCUCUGCCUUAUUAACCAGUGAUCAGCCUGAGUCUAAAAUUUAUGUUCUGGAUGCAUUGAGAAGUUUGCUUUCUGUUGCACCCCUCAGGGAUAUAUUGCAUGAAGGAAGUGCUGCAAAUGAUGCCAUCGAGACAAUGAUAAGGAUCCUUAUCUCCACAAAGGAAGAAACUCAAGCUAAAUCAGCAUCUGCUCUUGCAGGACUCCUUCACUGCCGCAGAGACUUGAGAGAAAGUUAUAUUGCCGUGAAGGCUCUUUGCACAGUAAUGAAGCUGCUUAAUGUGGGCUCUGAAAAAAUUUUAGUCGAGGCUUUAUGCUGCCUUGCAGCUAUUUUUCUAUCAAUUAAACAUAACAAGGAAGUUGCUGCUGUUGCAAGAGAUGCAUUGGCUCCGCUGGUUCUGCUUGCUAAGUCAUCAAUCCUGGGAGUGGCAGAACAGGCAACACAUGCUUUGUCCAAUCUUCUUCUGGAUAAUGAAAUAUCACUUCAUGCAUUUCCAGAAGAAAUUAUUUUUCCUGUCACCCAAGUCUUGCGUGAUGGCUCUAUUGAUGGAAAAACACAUGCUGCGGCUGCAAUUGCUCGUCUUCUUCAUUGUCACUCCAUUGAUCAUGGGGUAUCCGAUCUUGUGAAUCGUGCAGGAACAGUUCUUGCACUUGUUGCUUUUCUCGAAUCUUCUAAUAUUGGAGCUGCUGCAACAUCAGAAGUUCUUGAUGCGCUAGCUUUGUUGUCAAGGUCAAAAGGAGAAGAUGGACAUGUAAAACCUCCAUGGGCGAUCCUUGCUGAAUAUCCUCACACAAUAAUUCCUUUAGUUUCAUGUGUAGCUGAAGGGACAUCUUCAUUUCAAGAUAAAGCUAUAGAAAUACUGUCAAGACUCUGCCGUGAUCAGCCUAUCAUAUUGGGUAAUGUGAUAUCUAACACCUCUGGAUGCAUUUCAUCAAUUGCAAGACGAGUUACUGGAUCCAAUUGUGCAAAAGUCAAAGUUGGGGGAAUGGCCCUUCUUAUAUGUGCUGCAAAAGAGCAUUGCAAAAUAAUGGUGGAAGCAUUAAAUGCGUCAAACUUAUGGACUGAGCUUAUUCAUUCUCUUGUUGGAAUGAUCAGUUCUACAAAUUCAUCUUCUGACCACGGGGAUGAUGAAUGCAGUCUAGAUAUAAGCAUUCGUAGGCAUCCUAAGGAGCGACAUAAAGAUGGUGAAGCUGAAUGUAGCACAGCUGUGAUUGUACGUAACAUUAUAGGCAUCUGGCUGCUUUCGGUUCUUGCCUGUCAUGAUAACAAAAGUAAAGUUGCUAUCAUCGAGGCUGGGGCAGUUGAAAUUCUCACCAAUAAGAUCUCUCAAUACACAUUUCUAGAUAUGCAGAAUGAUUCAACAGAAGAUAGCAAUAUAUGGGCUUGCGCCCUACUGCUUGCGGUAUUAUUCGAAGAAAGAGAUGCCAUGCCAUCAAAUGCAAUAGUGCACUCUCUUCCAGUGCUUGCAAAUUUGUUGAGAUCAGAGCAAUUAGCAAACAGGUAUUUUGCUGCACAAGCACUGGCCAAUCUGGUCUGCAAUGGUAACAGAGGGACUCUUCUGGCUGUUGCCAAUUCUGGGGCUGCUGGUGGGCUUAUAUCUUUGCUUGGCUGUGCUGAAAUUGAUAUAUCUGAUCUUCUGGAAUUGUCAGAGGAGUUCUAUUUGGUACGCCACCCAGAGCAAGUCACACUGGAGAAAUUGUUUAAAGUUGAAGACAUCAGGGUUGGUGCAACUGCUCGGAAAGCCAUUCCUCCACUGGUUGACAUGCUCAAACCAAUUCCAGAUCGGCCAGGUGCACCUUUUCUGGCUUUGGGUCUUCUAACUCAGUUAGCAGUAGAUUGUCCCUCAAACAAGCUGGUGAUGGUAGAAGCUGGGGCUCUAGAGGCACUUACUAAGUAUCUUUCACUUGGUCCACAAGAUGCAACAGAAGAAGCAACAACAGAUCUAUUGGGUAUUCUAUUCAGCAGUGCUGAAAUUCUGCGGCAUGAGUCUGCAUUUGGUGCAUUAAAUCAACUUGUGGCUGUCCUACGUCUUGGUGGAAGAAAUUCCAGGUACAGUGCAGUUAAAGCAUUAGAGAACUUGUUUAUGUCCGAACAUAUCAGAAAUGCGGAAUCAGCUCGGCAAGCAAUUCAACCCCUAGUGGAAAUUCUAAACACUGGUUUGGAGAGGGAGCAACAUGCUGCGAUUGCUGCACUUGUGAGAGUCUUAUGUGAUAAUCCAUUGAGAGCCCUUGCUGUUGCAGAUGUUGAAAUGAAUGCAGUUGAUGUUCUUUGUCGGAUUCUAUCCUCGAACUGUUCAGUAGAGUUGAAGGGAAAUGCUGCGGAGCUAUGUUGUGUCCUAUUUGGAAAUACAAGAAUUCGGUCCACGAUGGCUGCGGCACGCUGUGUGGAGCCUCUGGUGUCUCUACUAGUAGCUGACUCUAGCACGGCUCAACAUUCAGCAGUUCGUGCAUUGGACAAGCUAUUGGAUGAUGAUCAAUUGGCAGAAUUGGUUGCUGCACAUGGUGCUGUUGUUCCUCUUGUUGGUCUUCUGUUUGGUAGAACUUAUGCACUUCAUGAAGCAAUAUCUAGAGCUUUGCUGAAGUUAGGAAAAGACAGGCCAGCUUGUAAAUUGGAAAUGGUGAAAGCUGGAGUGAUUGAAAGCAUUCUCAAUAUCCUUAAUGAAGCUCCUGAUUUUCUAUGUGUGGCAUUUGCAGAUUUACUUCGGAUUCUAAGCAAUAAUGCUAGCAUUGCAAAGAGCCCAUCUACAGCCAAAGUUGUGGAGCCUCUUUUCUUUCUGAUAUCUAAGCCAGAGUUUGGUCCUGAUGGACAAUACAGUGCAUUGCAGGUUCUUGUUAAUAUUUUGGAGCAUCACCAAUGUCGAACUGAUUGUAACCUGACACCGGAACAGGCUAUAGAACCCCUUAUUGCUUUACUGGAUUCAUCAAUUCAAUCAGUGCAACAAUUGGCUGUUGAACUCUUAUCCCAUCUGCUUGUGGAAGAACACUUUCAGAAGGAUCCAGUAAUACAGCAAGCAGUUGGUCCCCUUAUUCGAAUUCUUGGGUCAGGUGUGCACAUGUUACAGCAAAGAGCUAUAAAAGCUCUUUCUAAUAUUGCGUUAAUUUGGCCAAAUGCAAUUGCAAAGGAGGGUGGUAUGUAUGAGUUGUCCAAACUGAUAUUACGAGCUGAUCCUCCAUUGCCUCAUGCUAUGUGGGAAGCUGCUGCUUCUAUAAUAUCCAGCAUUCUACAGUAUAGUUCUGAAUUUUACCUGGAAGUGCCUGUUGCUGUGUUAGUACAGUUACUUCGCUCUGGAACAGAAACUACAAUUAUGGGUGCACUAAAUACCCUGCUUGUGUUAGAAAGUGAUGAUUCAACCAGUGCAGAAGCAAUGGCUGAAAGUGGUGCUAUAGAGGCACUUUUGGAACUUCUCAGGAGUCAUCAGUGUGAGGAAACUGCUGCAAGGCUAGUAGAGGUGCUACUGAACAAUGUAAAGAUCAGAGAGACAAAAGCAGCUAGAGCUGCCAUUGGACCAUUAUCCCUGUAUCUUCUAGAUCCACAAACACAAUCCCUGCAAGGGAGGUUACUGGUAGCUCUUGCUCUUGGCGAUCUUUUCCAAAAUGAGGGUCUUGCACGAACAACAGAUGCUGUGUCAGCAUGUCAAGCACUGGUAAAUCUUCUUGAAGAUCAAGUAACAGAAGAAAUGAAAGUUGUGGCUAUUUGUGCCCUGCAAAACCUUGUAAUGUACAGUCGAUCAAAUAAAAGAGCGAUUGCAGAAGCUGGUGGUGUUCAGGUUGUGUUAGACCUCAUUAAUUCUAGUGAUCCAGAUACAUCUGUUCAAGUAGCAAUGCUUAUCAAGCUUCUCUUCUCUAAUCACACUAUCCAAGAAUAUGCUUCCUCUGAGACAGUCAGAGCUAUAACUGCUGCCAUCGAAAAAGAGAUCUGUGCUAGUGGCAGUGUUAAUGAGGAAUAUUUGAAAGCAUUGAAUGCACUGCUUAGUAACUUCCCUCGCUUGAGAACUACUGAACCGCCUACAUUUUGUAUUCCUCAUCUCGUUACCUCCCUGAAGACUGGCUCAGAAGCAACUCAAGAGGCAGCCUUGGAUUCCCUUUUUCUUCUAAGGCAAGCUUGGUCAGUUUGUCCAGCUGAAGUUUUCAAAGCUCAAUCUGUUGCUGCAUCGGAGGCUAUUCCUCUACUACAAUUCUUGAUCCAGUCUGGCCCACCUCGGUUUCAAGAGAAAGCUGAACUCCUGUUGCAGUGUUUGCCAGGAACCCUGACGGUAGUUAUAAAACGUGGUAACAAUUUGAGGCAAUCAGUGGGAAAUCCUAGUGCUUACUGCAAACUAACUCUUGGCAAUUUUCCGCCUAGACAGACCAAGGUUGUGUCUAGUGGUCCUUCACCUGAAUGGGAUGAAGCUUUUGCCUGGGCACUCGAUAGCCCUCCCAAAGGACAGAAACUUCACAUAUCUUGCAAGAAUAAAAGCAAAUUUGGAAAGAGUUCAUUUGGGAAAGUGACCAUUCAGAUUGACCGAGUGGUUAUGUUGGGAUCGGUUUCUGGAGAGUACACAUUGCUGCCUGAAAGCAAAAAUGGAGCUUCUCGAAAUCUGGAAAUUGAAUUCCAGUGGUCAAACAAUUGACAACCUCGGAUGAGGUAUGCCAGUUUUCUUGUAAUCAUUAAUAAGAAUAAAACUGUAAGUUGUUUCUUUUUUUUUUUUACUUACAAUCUUGCUCUUGUAAUGUCAUUAUAUAUGGUCAGCUAAGUGUUAUCUUAUUUGUCAAUACAGUCAAAAGCAGAUCUGUAACAUGCGUGGGUCUUCAACUCUUUCCCUGUAAUGCAUUAUUCUUUUAUUCUUUCUUUCUA